AGCCUGUGUCAGUUUUCGUUCGGAUGGCUUCGUGUGCGCAACGUUUUUCGGAGGUUCCGUGAUUAUACCCGGUUUUUGUUUCGAAUCUUUCGUCGUCGUCGUCGUCCUCGCUGUUCACACCAGACAAGUGUACGCACCGCAUCGUCCUCGUACCUCUCGCGUACCAUACAUCAAAACAGCAACAAAGAGCGUUCCGUUUUCCUUGGUUUUUCGUUUAAGUCUUGGUCCGUUUUUCCUCAUUUUUUGAUCCCUCCUCCGCUUGGCUGUGAGGGGUAAUAAAACAAAAAGCCAGUGAAUGAAAGUGAAGCGGUUGUGCUGGGUUUAGACAAUAAUGCUCGAAAAUGGUGAUCCUUCGGUCGGAUAAGGAAAAAUCAAUAUAAUGUUUAUAGUGCGUCUAUGCGAAUGGGCUAGAGGAUAAACCAAGAUUGGUGGAGUGAAGUGAAGUGCAAAAAGAAAACCAAAAAGGGGGAAAAAAGAGUGUCUCACUCCAAAGGGGGAAAAAAGAGUGUUCGGUUCGAUGAGCUUCAGUGUGCCCGCGUUCGGAAAACGAGAUUGUGCACGUACGCAAUCGCUAGCAGGUACUUUCCGGUACUUUUGCCACAUCAGUUUCCACCAGCGGAUAAUGUAACCUCGACACGUGGUGAUUGCAGAGCAACGGAACACCGAAUCGGCAACUACGGCGACCGCCGCCAAAUCUCGCUUGGCGUUAGCGUGGUACAUGUGGUGUAGCAAGAGCAAAGAAGCAUAGAGUGAGGAAACGUGAAGUGAAAUAGCAAAGGAAAAUAAUACAGAAAUCCUCUCCCACGGCCACCAAGCAUUGUGGCUGUGAGGCAUUCGCGAAAGGGGAGUAGCUGAGCGAGCAUGACGAUGAUGAUUCAUCCUUCGGUGCGCCGUCAACACUUUCGGCAGCAACCGGUGUCGAAAUUGGUGCGGGAGCAUAAACCGUUCCGACCGCUGGCAGGAUCGGUGCGAUGGGUGGCGUUCGUCAUGGUGAUCAUUUUCAUUCAUCAGCUUACCGAAGGUCUGGAGCUGAACGAGACGCUGAUAACGCAGCGCCAUCAGCAUCACCGGUACACGAUUGAUGAGCUGCUCGAUGCGCGCUUUCCGAAGAGCAUCUCCGGUGACAUCGACAUGGAUCCUUGCAAAUCGAGUGGAUUUAUGGGCGACAUCGCAAUGCCGAACGUAAAUUAUGAAACCGAAUGGCAGCGACAACGGCUGAACAAGAGCCUCGAGCAGGACAUCGUGAAGCUGAAGCAGGAGGUGUACCUCGAGGGGUUGCAGGUCGAGGAGGAGGGCAUGACGGACAUGAUACGGAAGAAAACGAAACAACGCGCCUCAACGCCCCUCUCCGGUAUGACGUCAACCAACGGCGGUCAGUACGGGCGUUCCCCGUCGGGCACAUCGUACGAGAGUGAAAAUUCCAUCACGGACAGUUCCGGAGAGCCUACGGUACGGGCCACCAUCAUCGACAACCGGGACAACAUUAUUGUGCGUCGCGAGCCCGAGGCUGCCGGGGAAAAGGUGGCCGAGAAAAAAACUGCCACUCCGAACAAAAAAAAUGCCACUGGUGCCGCGCGAAACAUUGACCAUAAUCGGAUCCAGUCCGACACGAAGGACAUAGUUAUCGAUUCGAUCAGUGAUAAUAUUAUCAGCAACAAUCACGCCAGUAGGAAAGUAGUCACAUCUGCCUUACUUUCAAAGACACCGUCGACAACGACAACGGCGAUAACGACGACUACAACAACAUCGACAACAAUGGCUUCCGUAACUGUAGCAGGACACUCUACCGACGCGGAAGCUUCCCGUCAACUGGCAGGAAGUAGCGAGUCUACGGUUACAGGCACGCCCGUGGUGGAGCUUAUGAAACGACAGCAUCUAUCGAAUGAGCAGAAUGGUCAGUUAACGAGCGCCAACAGAGAACAAGAUGCUGGGCAGACCCGUACCCGCAGGCGCCACCGCCGCAGACGUCGGCAGCAACACAAUUCGUUUCCCCAGCAUUCCCAGGUACAGGAUGCGGUCGAACGUAUCACUGACAACGGUGAUCCAACAACGAAAACCACAUCCGGACAUUCUCCGGCGAAUGGACCGGUCAACAAAAACUCGUACCACUCACGGUUGGAACGGUUGCGUGUCGAAUUGGGCACAGUAACGUACUCGGUGCGGGAUCGCAAUCUUCGAUCGAGUCACCAGCACCAGCAGCAACAGCGCCAGGGCGAGCUGCCAAACGAGCCGGUGGAGCGAAGGUCGCAGAACCGUACACCGAAGAAGAAGAGACGCCGCGCUGGAGGUGACAGCAAACGGAAGCAUCAUCAGGAUGUCAUCGCUUACGAUCACGGAAAGCACGGCAACGAUGACGGUAAUAACAGCGAACAGCGGGAGAACAUGCCCGUUGAUACGACCAACUUCGGUGCCGGGAAUGGGUGGGGUGCCACUGGAUACGACGAGCAGUCCUAUCAUCCUCGCGCUUACCAUCAGCAGCAGCAGCAGCAACAACAACAGCGUAAUCAUCCUGAGCACCUCCUUUACGAACAGCUCUCCCAAAAGCAAUCCACCCGAACGACGGUGCAGGACGAAAGCGACAAUGCCAUGAAUUUGCAUUUCCGACCGGACUAUAAAGCACCGGCCCCGGGAGCUCAAGAUCUACCCCAACCGUACUACUUACCUGUUGAAGACGAGGCAGAAAGCCAUAUUUACUACGCUUCCGAGGAUCAUCAUCAACAUCAGCAUCAUCGAGUUGCACGUGCAGCAACGGCAAAGAAAGAGCGUAUCUGGGACUUUGGCGUCAUACCGUACGAGAUUGAUGGGAACUUUAGCGGCAUGCACAAGGCCCUGUUCCGGCAGGCGAUGCGUCACUGGGAGAACUAUACGUGCAUCAAGUUUGUCGAGCGCAAUCCAAUUGACCACCCGAACUACAUCGUUUUCACGGAGCGUGCCUGUGGCUGCUGCUCGUUUGUCGGCAAACGAGGCAAUGGACCGCAGGCCAUUUCGAUCGGUAAGAACUGCGACAAGUUUGGCAUUGUGGUGCACGAGCUGGGUCACGUGGUCGGUUUCUGGCACGAGCACACCCGCCCGGACCGGGAAAACCAUGUCGUGAUCGAGAAAAACAACAUCGUGGUGGGGCAGGAGUACAACUUCAACAAGCUCACCGAGGAUGAGGUUAACUCGCUCGGUUUGCCGUACGACUACGAUUCGAUAAUGCACUACGCGCGCAACACAUUCUCCAAGGGUACCUAUCUGGAUACGAUUUUUCCCAUCGAAAUACCGGGCCGCAAGAGGCCCGAAAUCGGCCAACGGUUGCGUCUAAGCGAGGGUGACAUCGCACAAGCGAACCUGCUGUAUAAGUGUGCUAAGUGCGGACGCACGUUUCAGGAAAACUCGGCCAGCUUCACCUCCCCGACGUACUACUCCACCACACCACCGACCGAACCGGAACGUUGCGAAUGGCGCAUCACGGCAACGCACGGCGAAAGGAUAGUUCUGAACAUAACCGAUCUGGAUAUUUACAAAUCAAACAGCUGCCGGUCCGAUUACCUGGAGAUUCGGGACGGUUACUGGCACAAGUCGCCGAUACUGGGGAAAUUUUGCGGUUCCGGCAAGGUGAACGAGCUGAUCCGCUCGACCGGCAGCCGUAUGCUGCUCACGUACACAACCACCUUCCGGCAGGCGUCGAUGAGGGGCUUUGCGGCCAACUACGAAGCAAUCUGUGGCGGCGACAUGAACCUUGAGUCGGGCGGACGUCUCGAGUCCCCAAACUAUCCCGUCGACUACUUACCGAACAAGGAGUGUAUCUGGCGCAUAACCGUGCCGAAGGACUAUCAGGUCGCUUUAAAGUUUCAGUCGUUUGAAGUGGAAAACCACGAUAACUGUGUUUACGACUACGUCGAGGUACGGGACGGCGGUACGGCCGAUUCGCGGCUCAUUGGGGUUUUCUGCGGUUACAAAAUACCACCCGAUAUGAAGUCAACGUCCAACAAACUGUUCGUAAAGUUCGUGUCGGACGGUUCGGUGCAGAAGGCAGGAUUUUCGGCCACCUUCAUGAAGGAAGUGGACGAGUGCGAGCACAUGGACCACGGGUGUGAGCACGAGUGCAUCAACACACUCGGGGGUUACGAGUGUGCCUGCUACAUCGGUUACGAGCUGCACAGCGAUAAGAAAUCGUGCGAGAAUGCUUGCGGUGGCCAGCUGGACACCCCGAACGGUACUAUCCUGUCACCGUCCUUUCCGAAGGAGUAUCCCAUCAUGAAGGAGUGCGUGUGGGAGAUAGUGGCAUUGCCGCAGCACAAAAUCACCCUCAACUUUACCCACUUCGAUCUAGAGGGUAACACGUUUUAUCAGGCGUCCGAAUGCGAGUACGACUACGUGGCCGUGCUGUCCAAAAGCCCGGACGGGACGUUGCACAAGCACGGUUCGUUCUGUGGGUACAACGUCCCGGCGCCAAUUACUUCCGAGUGGAAUAUCCUACGGGUGGUGUUCAAGUCCGAUAAGACGAUCCAGAAGACGGGCUUUGCCGCUGUUUACUUUACCGACAUUGAUGAGUGUGCAGUCAACAAUGGUGGAUGCCAGCAGGAAUGCAAAAACACCGUCGGGUCGUACGUGUGUUCCUGCCGCAACGGGUACACUCUGCACGACAAUGGGCACGAUUGCAAAGAGAGUGGCUGCAAGCACGAGAUAUUUACACCGCACGGUCAAAUUCUUAGUCCCAACUAUCCGGACUACUAUCCGCCGAAGAAGGACUGCAUCUGGCACUUUACCACUACGCCUGGUCAUAGGAUACGGUUGGUUUUCAACGUGUUUGAUAUUGAGCCGCAUCAGGAAUGCGCUUACGACCAUAUCGUCAUCUACGACGGAAACUCGCCGGACAGUCACACCUUGGGACGGUUCUGCGGUGCCAAAAUUCCGCACCCCAUCUCGUCCUCGUCCAACCAGAUGUACAUGGUGUUCAACACGGAUACGAGCGUGCAGCGGAAGGGUUUCUUCGCGAGCCAUUCGACGGCUUGCGGCGGACGGCUGAAGGCGACCGAAGUCAAGAACCAUUUCUACUCGCACAUCAAGUUUGGUUCGGGCAUGUACGACAACGGUGCCGACUGCGAGUGGACGAUUGUGGCCGAUUCGGGCCAGAAUGUGCAGCUCAAGUUUCUGAGCUUCGAGCUGGAGGAGGAAAAGAUGUGUUCGUACGAUUACGUGGAGGUGUACGGCGGACUGGACGACGAGAGUGGACCCCUGCAUGGAAAGUACUGUGGCAAUGCGAACCCACCGGAAAUCAUCUCGAUGCACGAGGCGCUGAUGGUGCGGUUCCGGUCGGACGACACGGUUGGAUUUAAGGGCUUCUCGGCUGCGUACGUCGCGAUCAAGUCGAACGAUGACGUGCUGACCACCGACGAAGAAGGUUCUGAUAGCUCCGAUAUCAUCCCGUUUCCCGGUUCACUAAAAACAGUGUUCAUCAAACAGGGCGAAGAUAUGGACGAGGAAGAGGACGACGAUAUCGAUUAUGAGAUCUACCCAAACCGACCGACCAACACUAAGAUGCACAUCGCGGUGCACAACGAUAUACGCUCAUCUCAGGCGAUCGACUGAAAUAUAAUCAAAUACUUUGCCACGUAAGGUGUUGCAAACGCCAUCGGGUACCAACGGCCAACACAACCCUGCGCGAGCUGCCACUGCAUGGACAAUAUCAUAUUAUCGACCUAUCAUUUCUCCUUGCUAUGUGCCGUCCUCACUGUGCUGACUGUCGAUGGCAUCCAGUGCAGGAAACGAUCGGUUCCGUCUAGUAAUAAUAAUGCUCCAUAGCUCAUCGGAGCGUUGCGAACCGACCGGAAAGCUAGUGUAGAGUAGCUUCGAUUCUUGAAUUCUUCCCAGAACCAUGUGUCGCUGGAUAUGGAUAGUACCGUUUCAUUAUGAGUUAACACCGUUACGUCGCUUGUGUGCGCAGGUAUUUCCUAGAACUUGCGUGCACACGUGGCAGUGGCAAUAUAUUGUUGAAGAAACGAUUCGGUAGGCAAGGAUGUUUCCAAGUGUAGAUAGGGCACACGAAUACACGCGUAAGGAAAUCGAAAGGUCUUGCAAGGAAAUCAUCGUGCAAGGUAACGAUCGUUGAUCUUUGCGUGUAAUUUACAGUGAACCAAAAUUGUAGUAAGUGAUUUAAAAGCCAUUUAUGAGCCAACGGAAUAUAUGUACACAUAGAUAUAUA